ACUUCCUUUUCCGGUCCAGCGGCUUCUGCGCGAAGUUUCGUAUUGCACAGAUCUUCCGAUAUUUUGCCAAAAUAAUGGAACAUCAAUGUGUCAGCCCCCAAGGAAUCUACUACGUUCAGCUUAAUCCGAACGGGAAUGCGCAUUAUCAGCCAUCCGGAGCCGGUAAUGGAGUUUCGUACUCUCCACCGAUUACCCCAUACCCGGGUCCAGGGCACAGCUCUUCGUACUCUCCGUCAAGACCCCGUAACCUUCAACCGCGUUUCGCCAGUUCGUAUUCGCCAUCAAACAACCAACCGAACUCCACGCCGUACUCUCAAGUGCACCAUUCCCCAAACUUUACGCCGAACUUCCCAGUAAACCACCAGCCGUACUAUUCUUCGAACUCCACACCGAAUGGCCCAUCAAACUGCCACCCGUACUAUUCCCCGGCCUCCGCGCCGAACACCCCACCGAACUUUCCAUCGAACCCCAGGCAGAAUCGUUCUGUCCCACCGGAUCCGUACACUUUUGUCCCACGGAGGGACCGCAAGAUCGUAGUUUUUGGGAGCACGCCGGGCUUCUAUUACCGCGGCUGUUGGUACAACUGUAGGUUGCCUCUGCCCACGCCCACUGCCUCUCAGCAGGCUCAGGACCAGGUCCCCCAACAGCAUCAGUCCUAUGUGGUAGCCAACCAAGCGCCGCAAUCACAGAUUCGGUACGUGGGGGAGCAGGCUCGCCCCUUACCCAAACCCAGAUUUUCCGAGCAAGCCCAGAUAUAUGAACGAGGGGAGCAAGCAGCCCCGUUGCCACCCAAAGCCUACCAACGAGCACAGGUUUUUCAGAUUGGCGAGCACACUCCGCCGCCACAUCCUCAACCGAGGGGCCACGAUCCAUCCAUAAAUGGUGUCUACAUGGUUGCUGGUCAACCACAGUUUCAGCAACCUUUGCGACCCGGGUAUGUGCCGUCCACCGAGCAGGUUCCUCUGACCCAGAGCGUUCCCCAGAACCCUGCUUAUGCGUACGCGCCAACUGCUCCACGGAGGAUCCAAGCUGAAGUCCUGCCAAGUCCACAGCUGGGCUUUCAGCAACGACCCCAGCAUGUUCCGCCAUCACAGCAUCCUCCACCAGGACAGCAUUUUUCACCAGCUCAGCAGGUGCCUCUCACCUUUGGACCGACCUACGCACCAACUGCUCCACCAAAGGCCCAAGCCGAAGUCCCUCCAGCUCCACACCUGGUGGAGAUCGUCUUGGGACCCUUGGUUGCGGUCACCAAAACGGAAGAUCGAAUCAUAAUUGACCUGCGACCACUGUAUCCUCGUUUUCCAGUGCCAGAAAAUCCAAUUCCUGUGAAUGAAACGCAACCAAUGUUUGAAGUUUUUCACGAUUUACAACCAGGUAACUGUUUCCCUCAACCGGACGGAGCUCGGGGUAUUCCGAUGGAUUCAGCAGUGCAAGUGCCUUUUGAAGACCGCUUCCGACCUAGAGUUAGUUAUUAUCCUGAUGUGCCUCAGGAUCCCAUUUUCCCCCAACAACCGCAAAGCUUGCAACUAGGCAACUGUUUCCCUCAACCGGAUGGAGCUCGGGGUAUUCCGAUGGAUUCAGCAGUGCAAGUGCCUUUUGAAGACCGCUUCCGAACUAGAGUUGGUUAUUAUCCUGAUGUGCCUCAGGAUCCCAUUUUCCCCCAACAACCGCAAAGCGUUUCAAAACCUAGAGCUUCUGGUUUGGGGCAUAACGCGUUUUACAAGUGUCCCGCUCGCUCUUUCGAUUUGACGACGAUCCAGGAAGAAUAUGAUCCAAGUACGGCUCCCAACGCGGUCUUGGUAGAACAGGACAUUGCAGAACAGGAUGUUGUAGAACCGACGAUAAGUCAACAUAUCAACCAGCGACAGGAUACCUAUGGGAGCAUGCAACCGGAAACCGCUUUGCCAGCGAAAGAUUCCGAUGUGGUUUCCUACCAGGACUUGAACUCUUUUAUUCAGGCUGUCGAUAUGACGGCGAUCCAUCGGGUAAGUAACUUAAACCAGGUCCCCGACUUGGUCAUGGUGGAACAGGAAAUUGUAGAGCGUAUGAUUCAGGAUUCCCAAUUAACCCCGCCAACGGAAGCAGUGCUACCAACUAAGGCUUCUGAUGCCGCUCCAACCCCGGAUCCUAAUUCUUCUGUCGCCUUGUUGGAAGAAAAGGAUGCCAUUCAAGCUUCCAACUUUAUCGUGGUAGAACCAGAAAUUGUAGAACAUAUACAACCUGCGGAUCUACCAACAGAGUCUUCUGCUGUGGUCCCCAAUCCAGGACAUCAACUACCUGCUCUCAAUGAAUCGGGCGAUGGAACUCACAAUAUUCAGAAGGAUGCGGCAGUGCAAGUGCCUACUACAGACCGUAUACGAGAAAAUGAAGCUCCGGAAUCGGAGAAGAAAUCUGGAGGCACUCCCUUACCACAGCCGAACUUGGAGCUCGAAACCCAUCCAAUUGCCAAUCCAGUGAAGGAGAACAACUCACAGCCAGCGUCUAUCGGAGAUGAUCUUCUGAAAAUAAUCAAAAAGGAGAACAUCACAACAAAUAUAGUGCAACCUGUGAUCAGUUCGGAGCAGAUUUCGCCUACGCCAAACGAAAAUGUACCUGUUAAAACACCAGAAGUAGAAGUCCACGCAAACCAGUGGCCAGCUCUGGGCAGUCGCUCACGAUCCAAAACAGCGCCAAAAAAGGGACCUCUUUCCCAGGAAAACGCAUUACAAAAGAAGGAAUCGGCGAAGGAAUCUAGUUCCACGCAGGGGUUGCUUGAGAACUGGAGCCCCCACAAAUCUAUGGAACGCAGAGAACCUGCAACAACCGAGUCGAAGGGCAAUCUCCCCAAACAUAAGGGGGAUUUCAGUUCGCAACCAAAGGUUGCCAAGGAGCAAGUGGAUAAAAAGGAAAUCCAAGUAAAAAAUAAGGCACCUGAAGCAGCUAAUCCUUCGGUUCUUAAGACAAAAAAGGAUUCGAUUUCCCAACCAAAAGAGUUAGAUCCCCAAGGCAACAAGGAAAACCAGCCCCAGGCAGGCGUAGUCAAAGCCGAAACACCCACGCUUAAUGAGCUGAAAAGCAAAAAUGAUAUAAUUUACCAGCCCAAGCGAAUCCUACGAGAUGUCCAACAGGUAAAUGGAGAGAGCUUAUCGAAGUCGAAAGUACUGAAGAAGACCGAAAAGGAGUUGAUAGCUCAACCGAAGGUGAUCCCCCAAGACGAUGGGCAGUGUAAAAAAGAAAACCCUACAAAGCGGAAAGUAACCGAAACGGAAGUUCAAUCGCCGGAAGCUCGUCGAUCAGCGGCUGUAACGAGCGUGAAUAAAAAACAAAUGAUUAAUUCACCACCAAACACUCAGCCCAGAGCCAAUGAUUCAGCAAUAGAUUCAAAAGGCUCUACGCAAGUUAAAAAACCAUUGAAAGGGGCACAGGAUAACAAGGAUAAUAGGCCAAUUGAAGUUAAAAAGUCGGUGCUAGAUCAGCCCAAACCCAAGGAGCCAGUGCGCACAUCCAACAUGUUCGAGCUGCUGGAGGAUCCGGAUAUGCCUUCAUCCUCAGACGUCGAAAGUGAUGAGGACUUCCAGUUGGAAGAGUCCGAAAACAAAGCGGCUGCCCACAGGUCGGGCAAUUCCAAGAGGAAGGAGAAGAGGCGUCUUAGAAAACGGGAAACCACUAAAAAGAAUCAACAGCAAGCUAAGAAUAUGGCAGCCAAAAAGGCGGAAUGUACUGAGGAAGAGAAACCCAAGGACCCAAAGCCAGUGCCAAGCAGUGAUUCGACUGUAGAAAGUCCUCUGGGGGGUACAAGAAAACUAAGGAGAAUCGGUAGAAAUGAGCAGGGCUUGUGGCGGCUAACCGACGUCGCUAAGAAGCCUUUGGUACCCGAAAAACCCACUAAAAACGAGGAUUCGGGAAGUAAACUCAUUGAGCCCCGGCCUCCACCAGGUGCUCCGGUGCCCCAGCCUGCGCCGCGGCCUCCACGGCCGCCACCGGCUGCUCCUCGCCCGGCUCCAGCUGGCAGUUCGGAGUCCGUGCAGCCCAACAGCCAAAAAGCCGAAUCCGCGACGAUGAGGAAGCACGCCGGGCUGAGUCGGUUUAUGAAUGCGGUCAGUGUGGCCGCCCUGAAAAAAGCUAAAGUUGAGGGGAAUGCAUUUUUCGUUGAGUCCAAGACUACGGCUACGAAGGAAAGUACUCCAACCCUUCGCCUGCGACCCCAGAUGGCAACUACGGAGAAGGAAAAACCGUGUCAGAGCACAUCGUCGCUUGCCACAGACCCAAAAGCUUUGAAGAACUUGGUUCUCAAUCCCUUUAGCUUUGGAUCCCAGAGGGCGAAAAAGGACAGUGUGACCAUGUCGUUGGUUGCAGCAGCACCAGAAGCUUUGAAUAGCCCUCUUAGUUUCGGUUCCCAAAUGGUAAAUACGGAGGAGAAGCAAUCCAGUGUGACCAAGUCGUCUUUGGCAGCAGCAUCAGAAACUUUGAAGAACCUAAAUCUCAAUCCCUUACGAUCCAUAGCAAAGUUACAGCCGCUGAGUUUGCCAAAAACCGAUGAUGCUACACCUUCUCAAGGCCAACCACCGGAUGCUGGAGCUCAAGAAUGCAGAUUGGAAAACACAAGUGAGACCCUAUCGGCGGUUGCAGCAGCACCAGAAGAACCUACUUUAAAGAACCUAAACAUCCAUCCCGUUGGACCCAUAGCAUCGUCAGGCCUACCGGACUCUGGAUGCCAAGAAAGUAGAUUGCUGCAAUCCAAUACAAAGCGUCGAAUCAAUCAACUCUUUUAUAUUCCCCAAAGGAUUCCCGGCUGUGAGGAGCCAGCGUCUCAAACGUAUGAUUUACCACAACCUCCUGAGCUCCGCGAGAACCGAGCCCAGGUGCGAAAGCCGUGGCGACAGAAGUAUAAGGCUGAAAGGAGAUACUGGCCAUUCAUAACUCCGCUGGAGCUGAAGGAGAAUCGCAUUCGAUUUUGAAUCGAACUAACCAACUUUCCCCAGUAGUUCUAAUUUGCAAGGUUUAACUGGAGUGACUAGGCGAAAGCACUUAACAAUCAGAAUCAAUGUGAUAUUUUACAAUGUGAUAUGUUCUAUGCCAAUCUAUAACUUGACCUAAAUUUUUAUACCCUCGUUGUAAUAACACUGAACUAACCCAU